UACAUCUACAUAAGUCGCAGGCAGUGUUUUUUGCUUUUUCUUGGCCUUUCAAAGCUCUCAACUCUGCCUCAAAACCACUCAGUAGCAUUGUGUUGCUAGCAGAAUACAGAAGUUGCCUCGAAUCCGCUCAAAAUUAGCUUUCAAAAUGCACGUUUCACAGUCGGUAACUAUUUUAGUUACGCUAAUUAUAGGCGUUGUGCAAUGUGAUGUGUCUCAUGUGCUAGGAGGUAUUAUAGUACAGGAAGAGAUCUCCACGAUUCCACCCCCACCUAAACCGUACGCGUUUAGUUAUGCGGCUGGACGGCAUCCAGGGCACGUUGACCGAACGCACAGUGAGGUGUCCGAUGGAAGUGGCACUGUCAAAGGAUCGUUCUCGUACGUGGACCCCAGAAAUCAGGUCCGCACUGUGGAAUACAUUGCCGAUGCUCACGGAUUCUAUCCGCGUUUGAGCCAUUUGCAAAAAUCUCCUCAACAAACCGAAGCAGUUGAACGAGCCUCGCAAAAACAUUUUGCGUUGUACGCUAAAAUUGCCGCAGAGCACGCGAAUCCUCACUAUCAACAUGUCGAAGCAUCACUGCCCAGAGAUACAGUUGCAGUUUCCAAGGCCAAAGAUCGACAUUUUACGCUAUAUGAGAAAAUUGCCCAAGAUCAUGCCAGAAUUGCAGCGGAACGAGAAGCAGAACGACUCGCUUUCGAGGCUACUUCGGAAGUGACCCUAUUGCACUGAAUGUGUUGCAAAGUGAAAACCUGAAAGCGUGUACUAAAAUUGGCUAAAAUACUCAAGGACAACGAACAGUGAACAGUGAACACCCUUUCAAACUUGAAUGUUAAUAUGUUUGUAUUUAAAGAAGUACACCUAAUAAACCCGUUUAGUUUGGACGGCGUGGCCCAAGA